UUGCUUGUGAAGUGAUCAUCGUCGCAUCGUUUAACGCUCACUUAUAAAUAACGACCGUGACUUUAUUCCAAGAUCAUCAACUUUAUCGUAGAUAGUCGAGAGGCACUGCCACUGUAUUCACAUCACUGUCCCAUAUGAAUACCAAACUCAGCGAAGAUAGGACUGAUAUGCGAUUAAAGGCAGGGUGCAUUACUCAGCACCGAUUUUUACUGAACAAACGUCGGCUAUAGACUGCAUUCAGUUGCACCCAAAUGAUGAACCUCGUGCAAACCCUGGCGAUAACUCGGCAGCUUCAUAAAGAUGAUGAUUUUAAUUUAUAUUUAUAUUCGCACACCGGUAUGCGUUAAGCAAAAGCCGACCAGGUUGAUGAUGGUUCGUCGUGCACUUGUUGGUUGCUUCUCCUCAGUAAGGUAAAUAAACGUCUAACACGAUGGAGGUGCUUUUAUACGUUGGAGCAGUUGCAUUGCUGCUGUGGAGCUAUGAUACGUUCAAAUCGUUGGUGGAACUUUGCUGGGGGCUGUGGAAAGAACGCACUGAAGGAGUGGAUUUCGUGCGACGAUAUGGAAAAUGGGCCGUUAUCACCGGAGGAUCGCAAGGAAUUGGUCAACAGUAUGCGAGGUUCUUUGCUCGCAAAGGUCUGAACGUUGCAAUUAUUGCUUUGGCUGAUGAAAACUUGGAGCAAACGACGAAGGAAAUACGAGAGAAAUAUGGUGUUCAGGUCAAACCGAUUCCGAUGGAUUUUGCGAAAGGAUUCGAAAACUACAAGUUCAUCGAAGAGAAACUCGCGGGUAUGGAGAUAGGCGUUUUAGUGAACAACGUCGGCAUUGUCCAAGAAGUCACAUAUUUCGAUGUCAUCUCCAUCGAGAGCCACCAACGUCUGCUCAACAUAAACAUGAACGCAGCCGUUUUAAUGAGUCGAAUCGUACUGCCAAAGAUGAAACAACGUGGUCGCGGCCUGGUCAUCAACAUGUCAUCAGCAUAUGGACUUCAACCGAUGCCCAUGACUUUGAUGUACGGUGCAUCCAAGGCGUUCAUGUUGAGUUUCAGCCAAGCCAUGCAGGAAGAGUUACGUCCUUUCGGGGUGGAGUGCCAAACCGUGACGCCGUGUUUUGUGAGGACCCAGUUGACGGAAGAGUUUGGCAACACGAUGUUGACUAGACUGAUUUAUACCAAUGUGGACUGUUUUGGAAAGUUUCUAACAAUGACCGUUGGAAAAACGAAGCGAACAACAGGAUAUUGGAUGCACGCACUGAUGGUCACCGGCUUCAAACUGAUCCCUGCGGAUGUAGAGAGCAGACUGCAUCAUCACAUGGUAAAAUAUAUUCUAUCGAAAAUGAAAUAAAAAGUAUACCCACAUUGAAAUAAGUUAA